AUGUCUUACGAGCCUCGUGGGGAUCACGGAGGUGAUCGAGGAGGCUUCAGAGGCGGCGACGGUGGCCAGGAUGGGGGUCACAUGAGAGCAAGAGGACGGCGUCCUGUCACCGACUAUGGCGCCACCCUGGUGCACUGGAUGCGCGAUCGUCGCCCGCGAUACAGGGGCGCAUAUACUGGCGAGCUCGAACGGCCAAGCCAGAGUUAUAUAGUCGAUAUGCUACCGCCUUAUGCAAGGACAGCCAGUCCCGCAGACACGGUGCCUACACGGCAUCUUCAUCAGUCUCUCAACAAAAUCAGGCAUCCUGUCAAUGUUGUGCGCUGGACACCCGAGGGUCGGCGGCUCUUGACAGCCUCGAGCAGCGGCGAGUUCACGCUCUGGAAUGGUACCGGCUUUAACUUCGAGACCAUCAUGCAGGCUCACGACGCUGCUAUUCGGGCCCUGUCCUACUCCCACAGUGACGACUGGCUCAUCUCGGCAGAUCACGACGGUGUCAUCAAGUAUUGGCAGCCAAACUUCAACAACGUCGAGAGUAUCCGUGGUCACCAUGAUCCCAUCCGGGACCUUGCUUUCAGUCCCACAGAUUCCAAGUUCGUCACAGCUUCCGAUGACUCGACCCUCAAGAUCUUCGACUUUGCUGGCGGCGUCGCCGAGUCCUCAUUGACAGGCCAUGGCUGGGACGCGAAGAGCUGCGAUUGGCAUCCUACCAAGGGCCUCAUUGUGUCAGGAUCAAAGGACCAUCUCGUCAAGCUAUGGGACCCAAGGACGGCCCGCUGCCUCACCACGCUGCAUGGCCACAAGAACACCAUCACCAAGACCUUAUUUGAGCGCGUUCGGGGUCUCUGCUUAGCGACCUCGGCUCGAGACCAGACCGCCAGAGUCUUCGAUCUUCGUAUGAUGCGCGAUAUCUGUCUUUUGCGUGGCCAUGAGAAGGAUGUGUCUACCUUGGCCUGGCACCCAGUUCAUUCCAACCUUCUGACCACCGGUGGAGGCGACGGAUCAUUGUUCCAUUAUCUUCUCGACGAGCCAAACACUCCCCCUGGGCAUGCAACAUCCGUGGCUCCAUACGAUAGCCCGGAUCCUUCCACGGCCCCUGCCCAAGCUAUCUACCCAGCACACAAGAUCCCUUAUGCACACGACUUCGCCAUCUGGUCAUUAGACUGGCAUCCUCUGGGCCACAUUCUUGUAUCGGGCUCUAAUGAUCGGAUCACUCGGUUCUGGACACGAGGGAGACCAGGCGAUACCGAUGUGUCGCAUGACAGGUUCCAUAUCGGCGAGGCUGCUGCCGAAGCCCAUGGAACCUGGGAUCGUCGUGGUGGCCGUCGGCAACGGCAGGAAGAGGAAGAGCAAGAGAUGGAGGACGAGAUGGAGGGCCUGGUCGAUCAGAAGAUGCCCAUCAAGCAGCCAGCAUCUGCGUUCCCGGGCCUGCCUGGUCUAUCCUUGCCACAGCAUCCGUCCUCGGGAGCAGGCGCUCCCCCAGCAAUACCUGGUAUGGGCAACGCACCAGCAACCGCCCCGCCACCCCCAUUGCCUUUCCCGCCGCCCCCGGGCUUCACCGGCAUGCCUCCGCCCAUCCCCGGAAUGGACCCAAACAACCCUCCGGAUCCGGCAAAGAUGCUGGAGAUGAUUCAAAAAGCGGGCCUGCAGCUUCCGCCACCCGGUUCUCUGCCCCCAGGGAUGCUGCCACCUGGGUUGAUCCCGCCUCCGCCGAAUUUUGCGUUGCCGCCUGGCUUCCCUCCUCCGCCUCCUGGCAUGUCUCUCCCGGGAGCUGGAUCGGAUGCGGAAAGCGAAGCCAACAAGCGACGAAGAGGACCCCUGCCGAGCCAGGAAGAGAGCUUGCGUCUGGAGCAAAGCAAGGGAAACUAUACACGCGUACGAUAA